AUGCUCCUGGUGUUGGUGGUACUCAUCCCCGUGCUGGUGAGCUCGGGCGGCCCGGACGGCCACUAUGAGAUGCUAGGCACCUGUCGCAUGGUGUGCGACCCCUACCCCGCGCGGGGCCCCGGCGCCGGCGCGCGGCCCGACGGCGGCGACGCCCUGAGCGAGCAGAGCGGCGCGUCCCCGCCCUCCACGCUGGUGCAGGGCCCCCAGGGGAAGCCGGGCCGCACCGGCAAGCCGGGCCCUCCUGGGCCUCCCGGGAACCCGGGUCCUCCGGGACCCGUGGGGCCGCCCGGGGAGAAGGGUGAGCCGGGCAAGCCAGGGCCCCCUGGGCUGCCGGGAGCGGGGGGCAGCGGUGCCAUCAGCACGGCCACCUACACCACGGUGCCGCGCGUGGCCUUCUACGCCGGUCUCAAGAACCCCCACGAGGGUUACGAAGUGCUCAAGUUCGACGAUGUGGUCACCAACCUAGGCAACAAUUACGACGCAGCCAGCGGCAAGUUUACGUGCAACAUUCCUGGCACCUACUUUUUCACCUACCAUGUCCUCAUGCGCGGCGGCGACGGCACCAGUAUGUGGGCGGACCUCUGCAAGAACGGCCAGGUACGGGCCAGCGCCAUUGCCCAGGACGCGGACCAGAACUAUGACUAUGCCAGCAACAGCGUGAUCCUGCACCUGGAUGCGGGCGACGAGGUCUUCAUCAAGCUCGAUGGAGGCAAAGCGCACGGUGGCAACAGCAACAAAUACAGCACAUUCUCCGGCUUUAUCAUCUACUCGGAUUGA